GAAAGUAUUAAAAAGAAUAGAUGUGGGUCAGUGUGUGGUCGCUACAGAGGAAGCUGGGAAAAAAAGUGGAUGUUGAAAUAUUACAAGAACAUUACAUAUUGAUUUUUUUUUUUCAUCCUCGCAUUAAAGCGUCUUCGUGGCGAGUUCCAGCACGUGAAACCCAAGUUUUUUCUCGGAUGCAGCGAAGCGGACGCUGCUUGAGGUUUGCGCGGAGGGACCGUCCCGUUACUGGAAGGGUUACCGGUUCAAUCCCCGCCGAGAACAAUGCGUGACUAUCGUGGAAGCUUCCCCAACACUGGCCGCUGUGGGGGGAAUUAAACGUGGACCACGAAACGUUUGAAAAAGAGGAAACAAACUUUUUUUUUUUUUCUUUAAUACUUUUUUGUUUACAUAGCAGGUGGCCUCGACGUCACACGGGGUCGCAGCACGCCCAAAAAUAACAACACACACCUCCGCGCACAAGCAAGUGCCUCCCCUGGGGGGGUGUUCUAGUCCCAAAUAUACUUGCUUGCCGGGAUACAGCUUGAUGUGUGUUUGAAUCGAGGAAAAAAAACAAGCCGCUUCUUCCUCGCAUUGCGCGUCAUUCAAACAGGACUCAGUGUACUGCUUUUCCCUCUGUUGCAUUAGUAAUAACAGCGGCGUUGACGGGAGACAGCAGGAGAGAGUGUGUGUGUGUCUCCGACAGCGGUGCCCAGCGGAGGAAUAUUUGAGCCUUUUUUUAUUUACUCUGCAGCUUGUUGUUCAUUUUCCCUGCGUUAUGGUGAACUUGGACAGUCACGUGCGAAGAUCUCUGCAAGUAUAGAGGACGGCGACUUCUCACCUGGUGUGUCCCUUUGACUUUACCGUGAGAGGGGAAAUAUAUACCUGCCAUUUUUUUCCUGAGAGCUGACAUCGCUGGACUUCUACCCCUACUGUGACAGACAGAAACAGCAAGUUCUCUCCCUUAGGGAUGAAAUAUGCCCUCUCUGCGCCCGUAGAAGAAAACAGACGUCACACACUGUAAAGUGCAAAAGUGGUUUUAAAUCAUGAUGAUGCAGGAGUCGGCCACAGAGACAAUAAGCAACAGUUCAAUGAGUCAAAAUGGAAUGAGCACCCUAAGCAGCAGCCAAUUAGAGGCUGGCAGUAGAGAUGGGAGAUCAAGCGCUGGUGACACAAGCAGCGAAGUAAGCACAGUCGAGCUGCUGCAUCUGCAACAACAGCAGGCACUACAAGCAGCGAGGCAAUUACUCUUGCAGCAGCCAGGCAGUGGCCUGAAAUCUCCAAAGAGCCAGGACAAGCAGCGUCCACUGCAGGUUCCAGUGUCGGUGGCCAUGAUGAGUCCCCAGGUGAUCACGCCGCAACAGAUGCAGCAGAUCCUCCAGCAGCAGGUUCUUUCCCCCCAGCAGCUCCAGGCCCUGCUCCAGCAGCAGCAGGCUGUAAUGCUACAACAGCAACACCUGCAGGAGUUCUAUAAGAAACAACAGGAGCAGCUUCAUCUGCAGCUUCUCCAGCAGCAGCACCCUGGCAAGCAGGCUAAAGAGCAACAGCAACAGCAGCAGCAGCAGCAGCAGCUGGCCGCCCAGCAGCUCGUCUUCCAGCAGCAGCUCCUGCAGAUGCAGCAGCUCCAGCAGCAGCAGCACCUGCUCAACAUGCAGCGGCAGGGCCUGCUCUCGCUGCCUGGGCCCGCUCCAGGCCAGGCUGCCCUGCCCGGACAGACCCUGCCCCCGCAAGCUGGCCUGAGCCCUGCAGAGCUCCAGCAGUUGUGGAAGGACGUGACCGGAGGCGGCAGUCACGGCAUGGAGGACAACGGCAUCAAACACAGCAACAGUGGCACUGGUACCGGCGUGGGUGGCGGCGGCUUAGACCUCUCCACCAACAACUCUUCUUCAACUACCUCCUCCUCCAAUCCCGCCAAAGCAUCGCCGCCCAUCUCCCACCAUUCCAUCGCCAACGGACAGUCUCCCGCCCUCAACCACAGAAGAGAGAGGGAAAGGGAAAGGGAGCGAGAGAGUUCACUACAUGAAGAAAGUGGAGGGACCCACCCCCUGUAUGGUCAUGGUGUGUGCAAGUGGCCCGGCUGUGAGAACAUCUGUGAUGACUUUGGACAGUUUUUGAAGCACCUAAACAGUGAACAUGCCCUGGAUGAUCGGAGCACAGCCCAGUGUAGAGUCCAGAUGCAAGUUGUACAGCAGCUGGAAAUACAACUUUCUAAAGAACGUGAGCGUCUUCAGGCGAUGAUGACCCACUUGCACAUGCGGCCCUCAGAACCCAAGUCAUCUCCCAAACCACUCAACUUGGUGUCCAGCGUCACCAUGUCCAAGAACUUGCCGUCAGCAUCACCCCCCAACUUACCUCAGACGCCCACCACGCCCACAGCACCCAUCACACCCAUGGCCGCCAUGCCCCAGGUGCCGUCAGUCUUGGGAGGAGCCAACGUCCCCAGCAUGGGAGCCAUGCGCAGACGCCACUCGGACAAAUACUCCAUGCCUUUGUCGUCAGGUGGUGACACAGUAUUUAUUUUUCCAGAGAUUGCCCCAAACUACGAGUUUUAUAAGAACGCAGAUGUCAGACCGCCAUUUACUUAUGCAACCCUCAUAAGACAGGCUAUCAUGGACUCUGCCGACAUGCAGUUAACGCUUAAUGAAAUCUACAGCUGGUUCACACGCACGUUCGCCUACUUCAGACGCAAUGCCGCAACUUGGAAGAACGCCGUUCGCCACAACCUCAGCCUGCACAAGUGCUUUGUGCGCGUGGAGAACGUGAAGGGAGCGGUGUGGACGGUAGACGAGGUGGAGUACCAGAAACGCAGGUCACAGAAGAUCACAGGAAGCCCAUCACUUGUCAAGAACCUGCCUUCCAGUCUUGGCUAUGGAACUGCACUAAAUGCCAGCUUACAGGCCGCCCUGGCAGAGACCUCCCUGCCUUUGCUGGGGACUCCUGGGCUCAUGAACAGCGGCUCCACGGGCCCAAUGGGAGGCGGCUGCCACGGCCUCCUCGGUGGGGACCCGUCCAUACUGACCGGCGUAAGUCCACCCGGACUGUUGGGCGGGAGUCCGCCCGGUUUGCUGGGUGGCAGCCCUCCAGGUACGCUGAGCGGCAGCCCACCGAACCUGUUGCAGUCCGCCCACGACGAGCUCAACGGCUCACUCGACCACCUGGACACCAACGGACACAGCAGCCCCGGAUACUCCCCUCCAGUACACAUGCCGCCCAUUCACGUCAAGGAGGAGCCGCUUAAUAUGGACGACGACGACUGUCCAAUGUCACUCGUGACGACAGCCAACCACAGUCCGGAGCUGGAUGACGACCGGGAGCUGGAGGAAGGGAACUUAUCGGAGGACCUGGAGUGACUAGGAUACAGUUUUUGGUCGACGUAUCGCUUCACCAAACCGCACUGUUUCUCUCACACAGACCUCCUGCAAGACUAGAAACCACUCCACAGCCCAAGCAGCCACAGCUGACUCUCCCUUCGUCUCUCUCACACCACUGGGACUAUUUAUUGAGCAUGUAUCCGGACAGAGACCGGUCCAAAGGAACUCUUUGUUGCAGCCCUUUGGAAAACCCCAAACAUGACAGGCAUGAGAUGUCUGAUUUAAAAAAAAAAAUAAUAAUAAUAAUAAUAACACAUUAACUCUUUCAUUAGGGAUGGCGUGGCCACAUACAGCACCAGGACGACGGACUCGCUGACGGGGACAUAACAUGAUUUAAAAUGAGCAAAUGGUGUUCCGUUGAAAGCUAGCGGCCUCAUAUACUGCCAAAAAGGAAGACAUUUUAUGUUUUGUGAAUAAUCCAACCCACAGUAGUUGUUAAUGUCUAGAGACAAUUGCUGGUUCAAUUCAAGUUGUUGCUCUGUUAUCAUUUGCACAGGAGUAGUCUCAGAAAUUUGUGUCACUGCCUGUAUGUUGCUACUAUUAUGAAACCCAGUAUAUUCUUUUUCAGCUUUUCUUUAAACCAUCAGUUAAUUUCCAAAAAUCUGAUUUGUAGACCACCACCAACUGUAAAUGACAUUCCCUGAAUCACACCAGUAACGGAACUGCGGCACCAAGACUGUUGUUGCAGCUGUCCAGAAAAGAGAAAAAAAAAGGAAAAAAAAAAAAUAGGAAAAAGUUGGCUUCCAGUCUGUUAUCUGUUUGUGAUUAAAAGUUUAAAAAAAAAAAAAGAUUAACUUGGGGAUCAAAAAAAAAAAAAUUCGUUUCAAGCGCCAUCGACAAAACAAAUGCAUCUCUGCAUAAUUUUCUUCUCGCUGUUCUCCUUACCUCCUCGUUCUAAAGCUUUGUCUACCUGCAAACAGUCACAGGCAACAGCUAAAAAACCAAAGCCAACACUAGCAAUGGCCAAUAGCUUAUAGACAGAGGCCGCCAAAACUCCUCUUUGGUCCGCCUUCUGAGACUUUAAACGAAUACAAAGAGAAGCUUUCGUUCCGCAAACUACCUUGGAAUAACCUCUGGGAUUGUUUCAUUUAGCCCUAUACAAAGAUGAUCACGAGGAAGAGGGAGGGGAAAGAAAUGCCGACUUCGGUGUGUAAUUGAAUGAACUCAUAAAACAAACGUCCACUUUGGAGGCUUUCCUGCCAGACGUGCUGUAGGUAAAAAAGGUGAUCACUCGUUCAGAUCCGCGACUUAACUGGUAGAGAGCAGCGCAACCGUAAAAAGUGGAUCAUGACCAAAACAUUUGUGUAUUCAAUGGAAGUGCAGAAACUUUGUGUUAUUGUGAACUUCUUUUUUUUUUUAUUUUUGUGUUAAAGCGUUACACAUCAGAAUCUUUAUUUAAUUUGUUAUAUUUUUUCUAACCUGGUGUACAUGUACUGUUCUGAGUAGGACUGUCGAGAUCUGUCUUAUUUCCGUGGUGUUUUUUUUUUUUUUUUUUUUUUUUUUUUAUUUUAAUUUAAAUCUUUUGUUGUUCCGAGCCGCGUCGAAAAACUGAAAACAUCGCUAACCAAACAUGAAAAAUAAUCUAGUGAAGCCAAAUAAGUCAUGAUUUCAAGUUAAUAUGAAAUGAUGUGGCUUGGUUACCAUGUAAAAACAAAAUAGUGAUAGCCAUUGCGGAAGAGGAUAUCUAAGGUGACCUUUCCUUUUCUAGGUGAUGUUUGCUUUAACUCCAUCGAAUACUCAUUGUGUGGGCCACAGCUUGUAAACUAUAUAGAUGCAGCUGGUGUUAACACUGACGCACUCUGUAUAGAGCUUUUUAUAACACACUUGGUAUUUAUAGCGACUAAAGAGGAGUAGUUAUCGUGGAAACUACGUCCCAUCGUUUUCCUCGCAGCCAGUGUCAUCUAGAAAAGUGUUGUUGCUUUAACGGUCAUUUCUGUUUUCAGUAAACCAAAGUUACACAAAAUUCUGCCUCCUCUUGUAUGGGAUAAAGAAAUCCUAGCCACACACACACACACACACACACACACGCACACACACACACACACACAAAGACAAACACACACACACAUAGAGCCCGGGCUUUUGCCAACUUUGUUGUUUUGGUAAAAUCUCCAGCUGCUGAAAAUGUCAAAGAAGCAGAACCAGUCUGGAGUCUGAAACACACUGUGCAUAUGUUGUUUAUCAAGUGUUGUGCCAAGCCGAGAAACUGGCUGUAAGAGCUUAACACACACACACACCCACAGUACUGUACAUGUAAAACACACACACACUCACUCACACAUAGACAGUAAUGUGCCAGUUCCACGUCAAGAAGGUACUGGGCCCAGGAACAAAGCUUAUCCCUUCAAUACUUAGCUGGAGUCAGCAAAACGACUUGAAGAUGACGUCCUUAAUAAUCUUAUCACACCAAAUAAAAAGGACGCUGCGUCUUUCAACUGAAAAAAAAAAAAAAAAGGAAAAAAAAGGGUUCUCCCACUCACCCAAAAAGGCUUUCUAAAAGCUUCUACCUCUGCACAACAAAUUCAGAACAAUUACGACAGAUUGCACGAGAACGAACGCCACAAAGAGCUGUUACACUUUCCUACGCUUGUCUCAUAGGACGUGGCUCGAACCAACGUUUACAUUCCCUGCGUCAAGAUACGGAAGAUUUGCAUUGUAAUAGGUUGUCCUCAAACAUUUGUAGAAUGAUAAUGUAUAGAUUUACCUGUAAGGGAAUAUUGUGUUUUAAAAAAAAUGCAUGUCUAAAAAUCAUUUGGUGGACUGGAAACAAGAACUAAUAAAAAGAAUAUAAUAAAAACCAUGGGGAUUGAUGGCCUAAAUGUACGUACAAUGCAUAGGAGUGCAUUACCUCAGAUAUACUGUUUUGGGAGGGAUAAAACCUGUCAGCCACAGAAUGCAUAUUACCUGUAGAUUUGCAUGGGUUUUGUAUAAAUUAAGUAAAAAAAAAAAUGUCUAAAAUAGUUGCUUGCACAUAAUACCAGAAAGACCUCCAGAACUGCGAUCUGCUCCUCCACUAGAUUUUAGGAUUGUCUGGAUUUUCUGGGUUGAUUUUGUCUGUAUUUUGAUAACUGUGCAUACUUAUGUAAAGAAAAAAAAAAUGUUGGUGGACCCAUAAAUUUACCAGACUUUUUUCUAAGAGGAAAAAAAAUCUCAGUGUUUCUUUUCUGACUUACCUGAAUUUUUACUGUUUCUCUCUCAUUGCUCGCUAAGAAUAGCAAAACCUGCUUUUUCUGCAUCUGCUUUGCGUAGCUGUAAGGCUUAACCUAAUGUGUGUAUUUAUUGCUUGUACCUCUGUGCAUACUUUAUGAAGCAUUAUGUCUGGCAGUUGAGUCAUGUAUCCUUUCUACUGCUAUCCUUCUCUAAUAAUUGAGAAUAUGAUCCCCCUAUGUAUACAGUAAAUUGGGACUGUAGCAAACAUAUGUUUAUGUAAUUGGUGAAGACGUUUAUUUUUGUUUUUUUUGUUUUUUUUUUAUUUUCCUUUCGAUCGAGAUUCAGCUACUUUUUUUGAUACUUUUCAUUACUGUGUACUGUGUCCAUACGUUAAAGGUUCUCUGACAUUAGAAGGUCAUGGUUGAGAAUUGUAACAAGACAUUAUUUUCUGUAUUCAUGGCAUUUCACUGCUGAAUAAAAUAAAGGACCAAAACUUGGAAUUUGAAAAGCAA